CCGGUGUGGUUCACAAUUUUCUUUCUCUCGUAGUGUUCGCACUUUUCAAUUCGUGUGCGUAUGGCUUUGUGAGUCGCUUUGUGUGUGAGUGAGUGUGGAAAAGUCCACAACAACAACAAAAGGCAAAAGAGAGAGAGAGAGCUGAAAAAUCUUCCGAAAAUUAGGUAAAUGGCGGUCACAAGUGUUGCAACUGGUUAAAGGGCUAUAGCUAUGGAUAAACAGAAUGCAAAAAUGUAUGCAAUUGCCGUCAUAAGUUCGCUCAUUCAAAUUCGUAAUUCAUUUUUUUAAAAUGAACCAAAAGAGCAUUUAGCCAAAAGAGAGUGCGAGCGAGAGAAAGAGCGAGAGCGAGCGAGUGAGUGAGUGAGAUGCGCCGUUUCAUUUGCAACGUCAUCGUCUGAAGAGUACCGCCGAAUGAAAGAGAGCGCGCGAGCGCAUUACGCCUUUGUUUACACGCCCAUUUCACAACUCCCCCGAAAGGAAACAUCAUCCAAGGACCUACUAAAUAUGCACAUCAGACCGCUAUUUGGACAAUUAAUGCAAAGGAAUCCGUUAUAAAAAUAAAACAAGCGAUAAAAGAGUCUGCGCAAAGAGAGCGACAGCUUAACAAGAGUGAGAGCAAAGAUAAAAGAGAGUGCACACUUCGUUUGGCUCCAAAAAUCAAAAUCGUGUAGCUCCCAUUUGGAAAAAUUGCGUCUCGCGGCACAACGUGCGUCCAAAGCAGCGGAAAGUUUUUUCUAUUCGCGGCCCGGUAAUUGUAUUUGUAUAUGCAAUUGUGCGUUGAAAAACUCCAGUUUCUUUGAAUGUUUGUCAUUGGACAGAAACCAUAACAUAAGCUAAAACCAUAAACUCAUUUUAUCUAGUGCGACGAGUGUGAAAUAUCGAUUUUUUUGUAGCUUUUCGGCUAACGCGCGUCGAUGACCUCGCACACAACAUCACAAACAACAACUAUAAAUACCACUACAAUUGUGGGCUAAAAGCUGCAAGUACACGCAGAGAAAAAAGCACUCCAAAGCUGUGUCCAAGUUUUUAAAGUAAGCCAAACGCUUUACAUAAUUGCCCCAGUGCCAAAAGAGGCAGUCACAACAAAAACAAAAACAACGAAGAAGAAAACAACGGCGUUGCAAGGGGGAAAACUCUCGAUUGAAAGAAGAAGCACUAGAGGCAGAACAAGAAGACGAAGAAGAGCCCCCGAAAAGAGCGGCAGUCGAAAACCGCAAAGACACAUGCUCAGAUACCGUCUCGUGUCUACUCACUUCCUCAAGCAGCCGUAGUGUGCGAGCGAGCGAGACAGCCAUACCCGGAGAGAGAGGUAGCGAGAGAACAAGAGUGUGGGUGUAUCUGCGAAUGCAAUUGCAAUUGCAAGUGAGAUAGCCAGAGAGAGAGAGAGAGAGGAGAGGAACAAAGAGCGAUCGCAGGACGAUAACUGGGCUAUAAAAGCGCGACAGGUGCGCUCUGCCUGCUCAUUCACCGUUAGACGUUCUCGGGCAAUCAAUUUGUUAACGCCGAAAGGUCCUCUCUCCUUCUAGGAAGAGGCAGAAAUACGGAUUAGCCAAGGAAGGAAGCUCGCCGAAAGAGAGAGAGAGAGAGAGAGGAAGUUCACAUCCGAUCCGGCACUAAAAUCCAGUCACAACGUAUUCGCUAGGAGUGCUACGCCUUUUGGGUCUGAGCUAUAGUCUACAUAGCGAAAAUGUGCAGAGAUCGCGAUAUGAGUUUGUCGUAGAUCAGCGCAACCGUCGUUACAAGGUCAAGAAAAAAAUCAAGCUCAAGAGCGUGUAAAAAGGUGUGCGGGCAAGAGCCCGAGGGCCCCAAAGAUUGAGUUUGCGUUUGCGAAAUCCUGGACCACAAACAACCACAAUAACCAGAUCUAGCUACCAUACCAAAGUUAACAAUAUUAGCAAAAAGGCAACAACAAAAGUAAAAAAAAAAAAGAAAUAGUUAAUUUAUAAAUAAGGAUCCGUCAUCAAAUCUUCCAUUUCGAGUGCGCGUGUGAAUCAAACGGCAAUGUGACUAUUCUGCGCAAUCGGGCUCUAUCCAAAACGGUUCUAGCCGGUUCCAAAACGUAAAUUAAGCUUCGGGCCAAGUGAUUUCGUAUACCUAUCGAUCUUCGACUCUUCAGCUCGAUUCGGUCUGUUUUUCAACCUUUUCCAACCACCAGUCGAACGGAAAACGUCGUGCAACUGGCGAACGUACGGGGAAAAACCAGCAAGAUUGAAGACUUUGGGAGAAAUCUUUGGAAGUCCGUUAAGGCUUGCAUUUGCGGCAUGCGCCAUCCCACAACUGGGCUGAACGAAGACGACCUAAGUCGUCUCACUGGUUCGUCAUCGUCGACGGCUUCUUGCGGCAGCGCAGCCUCCUCAUCAUCGUCCUCAUCCUCUUCGUCCUCGAAUCCCGCUGAUCGGCAUGAGGUCGUUCGCAGUCCGGAGAAGCCAACGCCGGCGGGCACGGACAAAAGCCAUCUGAAUAGCGGCUUCACCUCCACAUACCUGCCGGAGAUCAUACAUCCGGCAUUGGAAUGGCAGAAGUCAUCACGCAAGCGCAAGGAGCGCUUGGACAGCAGCUCGGCCUUUGGCCAGGAUCGCAAGUUGCAGCGCAGCAACAGCGAGGAGUUGCUCACGGAACCGGCUGCCAUCGUUUCCCCGACAGCACAGGCAGCUGCCAGUCUCCUGGAGGCCCAGUGUGAGGUUAUCCGUCGGGUUUCUUCAGAGGAUUUCAAGCGUACUGCUAGUUACGCCACCUAUCGCCAGGAGUUCGAAAGGGAGCAGGAAGAAGCCUCCGAAUUGGGAGAGAACAAUGCCUCGCUGGCCAAUUUGCCAACGGGAGAAGCUGCUAGGGAGCGUCCUCGCCUAGAGACAAGUCCCGCUCGCCAGCCACCAAAAGAAGCUAGCGAUGACUCCGAGUGCGAGCAUGAAAGACGUCGCAGCAGCGAGCGUUUCUGCAAAUCCCGCCAGCCGCCGGUACGCAAAUCUGGAGUGGCCAAAAAGGGCAGCGGAGGCAGUGGCUCCAAGUAUCUGCCAUCCCGACGGGAUGAGCAAAGCGCCUACAAGUACGAUCUGUCGGCCUUGAAGUACGAGCGCAGAGGUUUCAUCAGCAGCAGGAAACAGCAGACUCAGCCGCAGCCCAUGCAAUCUGCUGCCGAUCACAACGACAACAACUUGAUAGACUUCCAUCAGCAGCAGAAGGAGCUGCAGACAAAGAGAAGUGCUAGUAUUUCUCCAACACCCACCACAAGCUCCUCGGCGGGCAGCGAUGACAGCACGCCCACUUCCAAUGCCCCAGCGCCCAUUAAAGCCAAACCCCAGAGGCAGCAGCAAAGUCUGGAUCUUACCUCCGCACAGGAGUCUCUCCCAUGGGAGCGAGGAGAUGAACCUGCUCCUAUUUUGAGCAGGAGAUAUGCCCACUCUCGACCACAUAUUGGUGGCAAUCUCGAUGCAGCUGCUCAACUGGCCAAGGCCAUGCCCUAUCCCCAGCAGCUGCCCAAGCAGGCGGCCACCGUGCAGCUACACUCCGAUAUCACCGACAUGGACUGCUGCCUGGAGCCCAUGGAUGCAGUGAGGGCCUUCAGUUCGCUGGAGAAUAUGCGAACGCGCGAUGUUAUGCAACAGGUGCUUCCCGCUAUGAUGGUGGCCUUUCAAUCGCCCGAGGAACGGCUAAAGGCCAUAAAUCGUCGAGUGACUGUGCUGAAGAAGAAACUGGUUCAGCUGGAGGAAUCCUUGGAACAGAGAUUGGGCUACCGACCAUCGCAAGCAGAGCGACUGAAUGACAAGUACAUGAAGAACGCCCUGGCGGAGUUGAGCAAACUGCGCAAGGAACGGCACGAGCUCAAGACUGAUCCCAUCGCAGCUCUGGGUCUGAAAGUGGGCAGCAGUGGUGGCGCCGGCAUCGGUGGCCAGGAGGUGGCCAAAAAGCUGGAACGCAUGAAGGCCACCCUCGCUGAAAUCGAGCAGAAUCUGAACGAGAAGCGCGUUAAUGGCCAUCGCUCUGAGCAGUUGGAGGAUCUAAAUGCCGACCAAUUGGUGCAGGAGAAGAGCGCUGUGCAGCAUGGAUUGCUGUACUUCGAGAGCCUCUAUGGACAUCCCAUCACCAAGGAGGAACGUGAUGCUGCUCGACCGCUCUACGAUCGCUAUCGGCAGCUAAAACGUCUCGUUGCCCGCACCGUGAUGUUUGGAGCGGGCACUGGAAUACCCGAGCUGCCCACCAUCCUGGAGCACGAGGCUAUGGUGUUCGAAGCCACUUCCACGCCGUUGCAGUAUUCAUCGAACAACAGCACCGAGACCACCAACUCGCCCAGCGACUCGAAUGCCCCGAAUACUCUCACCCAGAAUGCUUCUUCAGAUGAGUCGACGACCACGACCACGUUGACGGGUCCGGCAGCCGGUGUGGCUGCUGCGAAUCAGGAGAAUCAAGCAGCCAGCGAGAACAUCUCCGCACUUAGUGUGGACCAGCUGUGGGAGCAGCUAGAUCGAGCUCGCGAUGAGAAAUCCCUGCUGAAGGCCACCAUCCGGGAGUACGAGUCCUUGUUUGAGGAGCAGAACGGACGCAAGAUGCUCAAGCAAGAUCGUCGGUCGCUGGAAACGGAAACCUAUGCCCAGUACAAGGAGAAGAAGGCCAAGGUGCGUCUGCUCCAGGCCCUGAUCAAGAAGCACAUCGGGCAUUAAGCUAUAUAUACAUAUAUCCAACUUCCAUUCGAUAUCUGUUCACCCACGCAUGCGAAACUAUUUAUUUCAUACCCAAAAACCAACAAAUACAGACCUAGAUCUAUACAAAUUAUAUGUAGUUUUUAGACUUACAUUUACCAUAUAUUCUAUAAUGAUACAUUUUAUGAAUAUUGUUGAUUCCUUAUUGUUUUUUGAAAACAUCUAUUGAGUAAUUGUAAUAAAAAGAAAAUUAAAAAUUA